GUGAACAUCAACAAUAUAAAACAAUAACAGAUGUGAAAGCAUACAGCCAGCCUCGUCCCCAGGCAGCCAAAUAAGGAUCACGAUGAAGCUGCAAAUGGCUCAUAUAUGGCAGAAUUAAGAGUAGGGUGGUGUGAGUAAUGCCUGUCCUAAACAUGGACACCCUCCUUCGGCUGCGGCGGGACCUAUCAGCCACAGUACCGAAGGAGGUCGUCUCCACAAUGGCCAGCGCCCUUAGUGAUGUCACAGGGGGAGGCAAUGACGUUACAUCACCCAGCGGAAAUGGUACAGACUUCGCGACCACACCAGCCACCGGCUUCAACAAAUUCAAAGAUAUGGUCUGGGAUAAAAUAGAAUCCUUGGGCCUUCCAAUCUGGGCAUUAGUUCUCAUUGCUAUUGGAGCUGGGCUUUUCUUACUCUGCUGUCUCUACUGUAUAUGUAAAAGAUGCAUAUGUCGAAAGAGGAAAAAGAAAGACCAGAAGAAGGGGCUGAAGGGAGCUGUCGACCUCAAGAGUGUUGCAUUGCUGGGAAAUGCUAUCAAAGAAAAAGUUCAACCUGACCUAGAAGAGUUACAAGUGAACAUGGAAGAUAACGAAGAUGCGGAGAGCACAAAGUCUGAAGUCAAACUUGGAAAACUUCAGUUCUCACUUGAAUACGACUUCCAGAAAGGGGAGUUGGCUGUUGGUGUGAUACAAGCAGCUGACCUACCGGGAAUGGACAUGUCAGGAACAUCUGAUCCAUACGUCAAAGUUUUCUUCCUCCCGGACAAGAAAAAGAAGCAUGAGACCAAAGUUCAUCGAAAAACGCUAAACCCUGUCUUCAAUGAAACAUUUGUGUUCAAGAAUGUUCCAUUUGCUGAAAUCGGCCAGAAGACUUUGGUCUUCUCCAUCUAUGACUUCGACAGAUUUUCCAAGCAUGACCAAAUUGGCCAAGUGAAAGUACCCAUGAACUCUGUAGACUUGUGUCAGACCAUCGAGGAAUGGCGAGACCUGACCAGCCCUGACACUGAUGCUGAGAAGGAGAACAAGUUAGGAGACAUCUGCUUCUCUCUGCGGUACGUACCCACUGCUGGCAAGUUGACAGUCGUCAUACUGGAGGCCAAAAAUCUCAAAAAGAUGGACGUCGGUGGACUGUCAGAUCCUUAUGUUAAGAUAUCUUUGAUGUUAAAUGGCAAGCGAGUUAAGAAGAAGAAGACGACAAUUAAGAAGUGUACUUUGAAUCCAUACUAUAACGAGUCAUUCACAUUUGAAGUUCCUUUUGAACAAAUCCAGAAAGUGUCUCUCUACGUCACCGUCGUGGAUUAUGACCGCAUUGGGACCUCAGAGCCAAUUGGCCGAGCAUUGCUAGGAUGCAACUCAAGCGGAACGGAACUUCGUCACUGGAGUGACAUGCUUGCCAAUCCAAGGCGUCCAAUCGCACAGUGGCACACUCUCCAGGAGGUGCCAGAGAAGAGCUAAGAGAUGUGGCAGGGUCAGCCGGCACAGGGACGGCCUAUAGGUGGUGAACAGAGGCCAUGAUGUGCAAUGUCAUCAGACAUCUAUAUACACUGUUGAACAUAUAUCGUUAUAUGUCAUAGUCAUACGUAUGGCAAGGAUGAAUGAAAUAUUAUGUUUAGCAAAUAACUUGCUAUUAUAUUACGUACAUUACUUGUUAUCCUGUUUGGGGGUACUUUAUAUAUCUUUUUUUUCUGUUGUAGUGUAUAGAGGGUUAUAAAAGAAAGCAUUUUCAGAAUCUCAUGCUUUCAAGGUUUUAGUACAUCAUAUAUAGUUUCAUCAUCUAUGGAUACAAACUACUGAAACCUUGUAUCCCUUGACCUUCAGACCCCAAAGUAAAAUAAAACAGAGAUCAGCAAUGCAAUAUUUGCCAUGAUAUUAGUGAUGAAGUACUUAUCAGUGCAAUCUCUUGGAAGAAAUGCAGCACAUUUACUGUAUUACUUACAUACACAUGAUAUUAACUUGAAAUCCACCCUGUCAGCUUUUUGUUUGACAAGGCAUCUUAACCAAAUAUAUAUUUCAUUUAUCAAAUUUAAUAUUAAAAAUUCAACUUAUAUUUUUAAGAAAGGAAAUCAAUUCAGGGCCCUAGCAGAUGAGGAUAUGCCUACCAGUAGACAUUUUUAAAAUGACUUGUUUCAGAAGAUGUAUGAACCUUGGAUUAUAAUGAUGAAAUUGUAACAUUCCAUUUAUUGUUAAUAUGCUGUGUCUAUAGGAAAUUAACUCCUUGGGAAGGUUUUUAAGUAGGAAGGAUCUCUUAAUCAUUUAGGUGAAAUUAAUUUGUCAAUCAAUAUUAAAUUAGAAAUCAUAGAUUGUAAAUAUCUUUUAUCAUUUAAGAAAAGUAUGCAUCAUUUUAGACAAAUUUUACAGCUGUUAAAUAUAAAUCCUGUAUUUAUCAAGAUAGUGUCCCAACUGACUUUACACUCCACAAUAGGUAUCAAUUGGUGUGUAGAUGAACUGUGUGGCAGGGUAUUUCUUCUCAUCACCAGUCAUAACAGAGAUAGUCUUACACACUAAGCGAUGUAUUUAGAUAACGGUUCUUUAGAUAUCUGCCUUGAGACAUAUGUUGAAAGAAAUUUUGAAGAUUUGUGGAAUCAAACUUCUGCUGGAGUUAUCUCCCAUAAAAAGUCUUAACGAUGGUGUCCUGUAUGUUUUUAUCAUUGGUAACAAAGAUCGUUUAAAUAUCUUAUUCAAAAGCCUGUGAGUUGUUAUGCCAUUCUUUUCCAUCGAACGUCAUUCGAAUUUAUUACUUAAGGAUCAGAUUGUCAACAAAGUCUUAAGGUUAACAGAGGCAUUUUAAAGUAAAACAAUUUUCAAGUUGUAAAUAUAUUUAAAGUUUGAAAUGAUAGAAUAAUUCUGUGAUUUGAACUUUUACCUGUGUGUGUAGCAUGUAUAUAGUUGCCCUCACCCUGUCGUACCUUAGGCUUACUGUACUUACAUGGACAGACCAACACUCUGUGAUAAGGCUCCAGAAUCUGUGGUGUUUACAUGACAAAACCCCAAUUUCUGAGAAGAAAUCAAUAGACUGAGCUGACCAUUAAUCUCAGUUCCUCAGACUUUUAAACCAAUCCCCUAUUUAGUUUGAUUUCCACUCUCCUCAGACGUUAAGGUGCAGGUUUUUUUUUUCAAAGAAAUUAAAGUAAAACUUUGUCAGAUUUGUGUAGUUUUGUACAAAACUUAACUGCAUCAUUAGUCAGUGAUUAUGGAACAACACUUAUUCAAAUUUCUCUGUUUGACUUCUAAGCUUUUUUUUUAUUAUUUGUUUCUUUCAUAUUUUCAAUUUCUUCAAAGUUUGAUGAUUUGAUAGCAUCACAACCAUUUCCUCUUAGUGGUUGCCAGUCACCUAGAUCCUAAUUAAGAUGUUUAAAUUUGACUAAGAUCGGGGAUCAGAGAACUUUAUAGUAGCUUUCUGUUACUUAAUGUUAUCUUUCAUUGCCAAUGAAAGAAGUUAUUGUUAUAGGAGGUUCAAGCUUUGUGAUGUGUUUUGGUUUUUGUAUGUUAAUUUUUUUGUGACAUUCCCGGUUAGAUUUGUGAUAAAUUGCAAAAACGUGAGAGACUUGUUUUCAUUAAAUAUACAUCCAGUGUUUUUUUCCAAUUAAAGAUGAUAUAACUUAAAAUGUGAGAGAGAAAAUCAACACUCCAAAAAACAUUUUGUAAGAUACUCCUUGUUUUCAGCUGUUAAGAAAUUGAUUUUAUGUGUGAGAAGGUGUUACAACAUUAAUUCUUUAUGCUGACAGACACUACUUUCUUGAACAGUCAAUUUCAAGAUUAGCAAAUCACUCAAUGGUAUAUGUACAAUUUACAUUUAUUGUCCUUCGUGAGGUGGUAUUGAGUUAUUGUCAAUCAUAGGAGGUUCAGGAUAAUAUCAAGUUAAUGAAACAGUUUCGACUUUCUCUACUUCCUUGUACUAAAGUACACUUUAUUCCAAUUUAUUUGUUGUAAUUGACCCUACAUACCAUCAUCAAGACUUACAUAUAAAGACUAUUUACUUUUUUAUGAAAUUUAUUACUUUGAAUCUCAUAUUUACGAGGCGUUUAUGAUUUGACUUUUUAAAGUCAUUUCUUCAGUUGAACAGUUUUGGACACCAUAAUGUGAAAGAAACAUAAUUCGCAACAUCCUAAUAAAGCCAUUCUCCUUAUAUUUUUCCCUUUAAGCUCAUUGGUUUGGUUGUCUACUGCCUUACAUCUAUGAUAAACCCUUUCUCACGCCUUUCAUACCAAGUCACAACCGUUUAGAAGUGAUGUAUGUCACAACUUUGUAGAUAUGAUAGGAACUGUAUAUGUUACUGAACUGUAUACACCAUUCUGUUACAUAGAGCAGUCUACUGUUGGUGAAAUAAAGUCUGUCUGUCUGGUUA